GUGGUAUCCUGCCACUUGAAAAUGACAAACACGUCACAACUUACAAUUGAAAUCGUGUAUAGAUGCCAAUUUAAACUUUAGAGUACAACAACUUUAUAUAAAAUAAAUAGUAAUAUCCUAAGGAAAUUGUUAAAAUAAUUUAUAUAGAAUGGUAAUUUCUAUUGUAAAUGAUACUUGACUUUCGACAGAUUUAAAAUAGUUUUAAAUUAUAAAAAUGGAUACCCGAGCUGAGAAAUUAGCCAAUGCUCGUAGGAAGUUAAAGGAUCACCAACAAAAGAAGACGCAAAAAGAUCAUAAUGAUACAGUCAGUGAAAAAAAUGAACCAACUCAUAUCCAAAAUAUUCCUAGCACUGAAAUAUACCCAUUAGAAUUUACAGUAGAACCAACAUCUGCUAGCGAUGAAAUCAAUAGUAUUGUUUCUGAAUCAUUUCAAACAAAUACCAUUGCAAUAGAGAGUAAUUUACAUAAUGAAAAAGUAAAUGAAUAUUUCAUUUACAAUCAAAACUCUUUAGAAAAUGAAGUAAGAUCUGUACAACAAAAAUUAUCUGCAUGUGAAACUAUGUAUGCAGAAGAAAAAGCUAAUCAUCACAUAUCUAAACAAAAUAUUUCUACACUUGAGUGGGAAAUUAAGAAUUUAAAAGAUAACACAUUAAUAUUAAAACAAGAUUGUAAUAAAAAAGAUGAAGUUAUUUUGGAAUUAACAAACUGUAAUCAGACCCUAAGGAAUGAAAAUAAUAAUUUAUUGGAACAGUUAGAGUUAACUAAGUCCAUAAUUUCCUCUAAAGAGUCAGACAAUGCUCAUCUUCUGAACCAAGUCAAUUUAUAUCUUAAUCAAUUGGAAGUUACUCAACUGCAGUUGCAACAAUUAUCUAGUGAUAAUACAGUUAAUGUUAACAGCAACUCUAAUAAAGAGGUGCUGGAGCAAUUACAUCAAGAAAUUGACAUGUUAAACAAAAAAAUCACAAGUCUUCAGCAAGAAAAAGAUAAUGUAGUAUCUCACUAUCAACAUUACCUAUCAGAUUUAAAAGAACAACUUAAUACUAGUAAACUGAAAAAUGAGCAGUUAGCAAAGGAAGUUGAAAUGCUUUCUGACCGCGAGAGCAGCCUCAUUGAGCAAAUAGGGGAUAUGGAGAUAAGAUUUCAGAAGUUUAAUAAAAAAGAUUUUGAGAUGGAAACCCAAGUUGAUACAUCUGAAUUGCAAAAGCAAAUACUGUUGCUACAGAAAGAGUUAGAAGUAAACAGUAAACAGUAUAAGGAACUUCUAGAUCAGUAUCAAGCUAGUGUUGUGAAAAUAGAAGACCUUCAGGAAAAAGAGUUGCGUGACAAUCAAGAGACAAUAAGUGUAGCAAAACUAACUGCAGACAUGACCAGUGAUAAAAUAGCAGCUCAAAGAGCUACUGAGCAGAAUCUUAAAUUAAAAACUGAUGUCAAAGAUCUUGAAGAAGUUGUUAUUAAAAUGACAAAAGACAAACUAGAGUUAACUGAAAUUUUAACUCAUGAGAAAAAUUUAAGUAAAGAGCUUAUGUUAAGACUGGCUGAAAUUGAAGAAAAGGGCAAGAUUAUGCAAAAUAAUCUAAAGGCAAAGGAUGAGGAAAUGAUAAGACUUCAAAAUGAAUGGCGAGAACUUGCAAAGAAAUACAAUGACUCUUUACAAAAACAAACAGUAGCAUCUGUGACUGCAGAAUCACCUGUAGAGAGUUUUAAUCAUAGUCAACAUGAAAAUGAAUCGAGUCACGUAGAAGAUAAUAAUAAUGGUUUAAGUUCACCAACUGAGUCAUUGAAAUCAAUGAAUGUGAAUCCAACAAAUAUUGACACACUUUGUGAAGUAAGUAAUCGUAUUCCUAAAGAAGAUGCUAUGUGCAAACUUCAAGAACGGUUUAUGUGUAUAAUGGAUGAAGUUGCUAAUUUAUCUGAUGAAAAACAUAGAUUAGAACAUAUUAUACUUCAACUACAGAAUGAAACUGAUACUAUAUGUGAAUAUGUUGCACUCUAUCAACAACAGAGAAGUUUGUUGAAGAAGAGAGAUGAAGAUAGAAUUCAUCAACUGAAAAUUUUUGAAAAGGAAUGUAAUGAGUUAAGGGAUCUUUUGGGCGAACUCCGAGAACUUUUAUUCAGAUUGGCUGAGGAUAAAGAAAUAUCAGGUUAUUUGAAAACAGAGUCAAGGUUAAAUGAAAUGGCCCGGAUUCGAGAACUCCUGGAAGAUUUGCAAAACAGUUCAUUACUAAAUAAGAAGUUUAAGACAAUGGAUUUGAGCAACUUUUAUCCAUGUAGCUGUUGUUCAGGAAAACUUAUAGAAGUUUGAAGUAAAUAUUAACCAUGUAUAAUAUUGACAUAUGUAAGUUAAUCAAUUUCUUGUGUACAUUUAGUUAUUAACAUAAUUGAUUCAAAAUUUAAUUCCUUCAUAAAUAAUAUUGGUUGGCUUGUGAGUGUUCUUUGUAAUUUUUUUUAAUAAUUAUCAAAUAUGACAUAAACUUCUGAUGGCAUUGAUAUAUAAACCAUUAAUAUUAUAUUUUAAGAAAAGAAGUAUAAUAAACACCAGUCAAUGUAAUUAAUUACUAUUCAACCCCAUAACAAUGCCUCUUCUAUUCCAGACUUUUUUCGUAGUAGUUUUAAAUCUCAUUAAUUUAUUUAAAAUGAGAUUGUAUUUCAUAUUAAAGCACUACAAUUCAACACUCAAUUCUAUAGCUUACUAGAAAAUUUAAGUUUAUAUUAAAUUUGAUUUAGUAGUAAAACAUAUUCAAAUAUUCAAUACAACAGAUUGCUAUUGUUUUAUAAUUUAUUUUAAAGCAGCACUAAGUACAAACAAGACCCAAGAAAAAAAUAUACAUAACACAUCAAUGUUGUCUUGGUACUGCAAAUUUCAUACAAUAAAAGUAAGAUUGUCAUUAGA